CCGAUAGAAAGUGUUUUGUGUUUAGUACCGCCGGUGGUACCAUUCGUUUGACAUUUUGUCUCUCGAGUGUCGAUUUCCUGUCCCAUGUAAUAUUUCACGCCCCGAUUCGGGCACGUUCAUUCCGCAAAUAGUACGGGGCGGUGGUGGAGUUGUGAAAAAUACGGCCUCCGUGACUACCUGAUUUGGGUACGCGUAGUGGUUUUCGAUUGAGAAAUAUUUACCGGGUAGUGUGAAUGUGUUUCUGUAUACUGGAUUAUUGUUUUUACUAGUUUUGUAGGAUUAUACCGCGAACGACGAUCGCACCCAGCAGGAUAAUCUUAUCUCGAACCGCCUGAUAGUGUCGCUCGAUGAAAACAAACAAUAGCAGCCGAUAUUCUAAAGUGUUUUCUUUUUGACUUGAAUAACGUGAUGAAAAUUUAAUGUUUUUUUCUUUUCUAAUUAUUCUGUGAUGUGAUUGACCGGAACAGAAGAUGGGGAAAAGUGCGAGUAAAUUGAAGAAAAGGGCGAGUUUUCACAACCUUAGCUGGUCCAGAUUCGGCUCUCUUCCCCUUCGAAAAUCUCGCCUAGCCAAAGAAAAUGGCACCGCCAUCGUCCCGAAACCGAAACACAAGGACAUCGCCCAAUGGCUCAAAGAUCUGGAGCUGGAGGAGUACCUCCAGUUAUUCGCGAAGUACCAAGGGGUCGAAGAGAUCCUGGAACUGUCCGAGUCGGAUCUUAAGACCCUGGGGGUCAAGAAAUCUUCCCACAGGGCGACGAUUAUUAGCAGUUUAACCUUGCUACGGGCAAAGUACCAUGAGAAUUUUACAAGAAAAGCCCCAAUGAGACAUAGCGUUGCCGUCGACUUAUCGAGGAAAAUUCAACGGGAAGACACAUUGACCGACCUAAGGAUCGUUAGUGAAGCCGUUCAGAGCAAGAGCCUAAACAACCUGAUUAUGGAGCCGGUAGCAGAUCCUACAGUUAACGCUACCGACCUCCGUAAAGCCUUAGAAUGGGAACUGUCAUUGGACAAUCGAGAUCUGCGGUCCCACGCUUGGUACCACGGUGCCAUACCACGGGCAAGGGCUGAAGAAAUAGUACGAGAGGACGGUUGUUUUUUGAUCAGAGAUUGCACUUCUCAACCGGGAAACUACGUGUUAACUUGCCGAACGAAGGGCCAUCCGUUGCACUUCGUUAUAAACAAGGUCUUCUUGCAACCGGAAACCGUUUACGAACGCAUCCAGUAUCAGUUCGAAGAUGAAGCGUUUGACACUGUACAAGAUCUGAUCACUUUUUAUGUUGGUUCUGGUAAGCCAAUAACGGUAGCCUCCGAAGCCCGAAUCCAAACCCCAGUAAACCGUAUGUACCCUCUAUCGUUCUACGCUACCAAGUACCCCACCCCCCUACCAGCCAGCCGAAUGUCAUCCCCAGCAACUACCCCAGUGGGAGGAAUGCAUUACCGGCAUAGUCCCCUCCAAAGCUACAGACCGAGCUGUUCACCCACCCGAAGAGACGGCCUUCAAAGGCUUCCCUCCAAGAAACAAAGGUCCCAUUCUCUCACCCCCGCAGAAGCAAACCGGAUGUCGCAGGAAAAGUGUAACAGUGCAGACGGGGUGAUCCAGUCCCCCCUGAUGACCAGAUCGGUUGGUUCGGAGAGCGUCAAUUCGGGGUUAAAGUUCUCCACCCAUUCUUUACCUCGCACAACACAUAAUACGAGGCUGUCCUUGUCGAAUAGUGCGAAUACUUUGGGAAGGCAUUGUAGGAUAACCAGUGAUCCGACUUUAUCGCCAUGCGCGGAACGUCGGGGCGGCAACGACGCCACCGAUUCGGGAAUCGAAUCUCCACCACCGAAACCGUCGAGGGUUCCCGGACUCGCUCGGGCCGAGUCGGUUGACUCGGCAGCGCUCGGGUUUCCGUCGCACGGCGGUUUGCAGCGAGUGACGUCGUACCAUGCGAGCGGAUCGGAUUCGGGCAACGGAUCGGGUGAUUCCGCUCUUAGUUCGGCUGCAGGAGAUACUGCGGAUUUACCGAAAGGUGUUGUCAUCAAAAAUCCCAGAUAUAACAUGUCAACAUCAGAAUCCUCAACGACCUUAAAAAACUUCGAAAUAGACUAUAUGGAAAUAGAAGAAAAACUUCUACGGUUACCUGAGGCUGCACCCAUUAAAUUUAACAGCAGAUUUGACUUGGAAAAUUUCCAAACUCUUCUUCUGCCAGUCAACGAAAACAAGCCGCUGGACGCACAAGCACUAAGAAGAAUCAAAAUGACUCUGGCAGAGUCUGGACCUCGGAUUCUGGCCAAUCACCUUACGAGAACCGAUAUGGACUUGAUAUUUGGGAAACCCGAUCUGGAAAACCCCCAGUCUAAGCUUUGUGGUGGUAUCGAGCUUUGCGUGUUACCCCAUGGGGGGCAGCUAAGGACGGACUUAAUCGAAAGGACAGAGUGUUUAAAGCUCCUAGUAGCCGUCAGUAUACUGACAUGCGCAGAUGAGUCGGAAAGGACGGAGAUGCUGAAUAAGUGGAUAGAGAUCGCUAUAGACACGAAGACCGCCUUGGGGAACUUAUUUGGUUUUUGUGGCAUUAUGUUGGGAUUGUGUUUGCCGCAAAUUGAACGAUUAGACUCGGCAUGGCACAUGCUCCGUCAAAAAUACACCGACUCGGCCUUUAACUUCGAAGCAAAACUCCGUCCCACGUUAAAACACAUGAACUGUUGUUCAAACCCUCAAGCCCCCAACACCACCAUACCUCACCUCCUACCUCUCAUCCUACUCUUAGAGCGAAACCUCCAGGAUUUUCUGCAGCCAGGCAAACAAUCUCAGUUGGCCAACAGUUGCCUUAGCUUCUGGGAGUCAAACACCCAAGAUUUUGGCCUCACCACCUUACUGAACCACCUACAGGCGGCCAGGAAGUACAUGGACACCCAGCAAAUGUACCAGAGAAAUGCGGAAAUCGUACUGGGAGAAGCCCGAACCGACGAGCUGACCCUUGACAUGUUCCGCACGGAAUUUCAUUUGAAAUUCUUGUGGGGCAGUCGGGGGGCGUUAGCGAGCGCCCCCGAGCGACAUUCGAAAUUCGAGCAAGUGCUUACUGUGAUGGCCGAGAAGUAUUGUAAUGUCAAAAGUGAGAGUGAGGUCUAAGUUCAAGUUCCUAGGCAGGUGAUUUUGUUAUUAAUGUUGUACAUUAGACUGUAGAAAUACGGAUUAUGUCCGUUCUUAUUUGCAGAUGAUACAGAUUUGAACUACCGGAUAGCCGAAACUAGCGCUAAGUCAUAAAUCACAGGCAAUUUUGAACGUUUUUAUAUGCAUUACAGAGCAGUUCUUUGGAAAUCUUCAAAAUGGCGCAAUUUUUUCCUUUUAGGUUUGGUAUCACUGACUGGUUCCAUGCCACCAAUGGUAGAAUUUUCUUUUAUUUGAAGGUUACCUUAUAUAAAUAUCUCUUCUGUUGGCAUCACUGAAAUCGUCAGUAUUGAGAACAUCCAAUGUCAUUUUUUAUUAUGUUUUUCUAUUGUUGGCAGCCUGUUAAUAAUGCUCAGUACCGCCAACUUAAAAGAUAAAAGAGUCAUUUUAUUUUCAAGUGGUUGACACUGGCAACUAGGGGCGAAAAUUACAAAAAUAAUUCGGGCGUUGCUAAUUUUUAAUACUGAAUCGAAUUCCUAACACAACCUUUCAUAAUUGUGAAAAUUGCUAAAAAACAGUAAGAAUUAUUUACCAAACUUAAUCUCUAAAGCAAAAAAUUGCAUUUUUCUACUAUUAAUUACAAUAAUAAUUCCGUCGUUGCUAAUUUUUAAUGAUGAAUGGAAUUCCUAAUACAACCUUUCAAAAUUGUCAAAAUUGCUAAAAACACUAAGAAUUAUUUGGCACACUUAAUCUCCAAAAAAAAAUUGCGUUUUUCUACUUUUGACGGCCUGGUAAUGAAGUCAAUCAUUCCUCAGCGCUACCAACCUAAAAGACCUUCAACUCGUAUGAUUAGUUAUUUUAUUUUAUUUUCAGUUAGUGAUUUUAUUUUCAAGCGACUGGUAGGCUUGAUUUUUUAUUUGGUUUUGAUCGGCGACUACAAUUACAUACUCAUUCCCAUGUUGCCAGUUUUCAAAGUAAAAUCGACUUAUAAUCCAAUCAACAAGAAAAAAUCCUUAUUUUAUUGCCAACUUAGACUCCAAAACAAAAAACGUCAUUUUUUUUUUCAUACUAUUGUAAGCAUAAAAGGAUAUUUCAAAAGCGUCGGUAUGGUUUAUAUUGCCCCCCAUUAAGACUUCAGAUUUUAUUUUAAGUGUUUGGCUGGCCUGGUUUUUCUCAUUCCGGUGUUGGCAGUCUGUAAUACCAAAUCUGAACUGAAAUUGACAUUUCGUGCUUAAAAGACAAUAGAUUCCCAAGAAUUAAACGCAAUUCUCUUGCCUCAAGUUUAAGAAACAGCUGAUUUCUAGAGUUAUUAUCGUUAAGUCAUAAAUCACAGGCAGUUUUGAAUAUUUUUUAUUGGCAUUACAGAGUAAUUUUUUAGAAAUCUUAAAAAUGGCGCCAUUUUUGCAGGGUUUUUGUCGUUUUAGGUUUGGCAUUACUAACUGGUUCCACGGCACCAAUAGUAGAUAAAUAAAAUAUUAUUUUUAUUCCGUUUGAAGGUUUCCAUAUACAAAUAUUUCUUCUGUUGGCAUCGCUAAAUUCGUCAGCAUUGACCUUAUUUUUUUUUUUAUUCCCAGAACAACAUAUGUCAUUCUUAUUCUGCUUUUCUAUCGUUGGGAGCACGAUAAUAACGCUCAGUACUACCAACCUAAAACAGUGAUUUUAUUUUCAGGUGAUUGGCAUUGGGAACUAGCGGCUAAAAUACAAAAACAAUUAUCGCGUUUUAUAAUUGUCAAAAUUGUGUCUAAAAAAAUAGAAAAAAAAUUAAUCAUGUGCCAAAAUGACCAAAUCUCCGUCUCCAAAACAAAAAAUUGCCUUUUUAUUCUUGUACUAUUGGUAGCCUCAGUCAAUCAGUCCUCAGUUCUACCAACCUAAAACAGACUGCCAGACUUAAUUAUUUAACCAGCGGUUAAAAUUACAUUCUUAUUCCGGUAUUGCCAAUUUUUAAUGCUAAAUCGAAAAGCUUACACAACAUUGAACUUUUAUAAUUAUCAAAAUUGUUGCUAAGAAGAAAUUUUCAUUUUACUUUUUUACUAUUGGCAGCAUGAUAAUCAAGUCAAUCAUUCUUCAGCGCUACCAACCUAAAAGACCUUUAACUCAUAGAGAUUACUUUGAUUUGAAGACUGACAGACUUGAUUAUCAAUAAGAAAAAAAUAUUGUCUUCAUACUGUUGGGAUGAUAAUACAGAAUACCACAAAAGCGUCGGAUCCUUUCCCCAUUAAGACAGUUAUUUUAUUUUACUUGCUUGACUGCCCUGGCUUUUCUGAAAAUCACAUACUCGUUUUGGUAUUGCCAGACUUUAACUGCAAAUUUGAACUGAAAUUGGCAUUUCGUACUUAAAAAACAUUAGAUUUCCGGAAAGCGAAUUUAAGUCUCUUGCCUCAUAGAAAAUAAUGUUAAAAUUUGCCUAUUAUAGGUACUAACGUUAAACUAGUCUGGCAACAUCGGAAUGAGUAGGUAAAUUUAACCGCUAAUCAAGUUUAUCAUACAGUACCAACCUAAGAAAAAAAAAUUGAUGGUAGGCGUGGCACUAGCAAGUAAAAUAUAUAUGCUAUAUAUGGUUAUAUAUCGAUGGUUUAAAGCGCAAAUAUUGUAUGUCCAAAUUUAUAAAUUUUGCAGAAAUAUGAAAAAUAGAUUUUCUUUCGCAUUCAAGUAAAUUUUGUGAUAAAAUAACAAAAUAUUUGGUAUUUUUUUAAGUGAGUUCAGGUAUUUGUAAUACCAAUAUAUUAUGAUAUUACAAAUUGCUAUCAUCAUUUUUAAUAAAAAUAGUUAUAAUUCGAAAUAUGCUGGACAUACGAUAUAUUAAAUUUCCUCAAGUGGACAUACUACAAAUAGGCUUAAUAAAAAAAAACAAUUUAUUUAUUAUUACAAUUUCAAGAUUUUAUUGAGAAAAACACAUUCGGUGACAAAUUAAAGGUAGAACAAAGCUUAUCGUAUAUUAUCGGCAUUUUAAUCCUCUUCAUCGUCGACGUUAGGAUUUGUUUUAUAUGGAACAAGAUCUUUGGCUUUCUUUGAACUCGGUAAACUUUUAAAAUAACUUUUGUAUGCCAUGGGAAUAAUUUUCUUACCAAGCAAAUAAAGUAAGUCUUUUUUUUUGGCUUCUGAAAUUGGCAAUCUUUGUUUAUAUUUUUGUGCAAUUAAGUCCAGAGUUUCCCAUGAUACAGUUUUCUUUUUUCUUCCUUGCAAAACAUCAAAUUCUAAGAAUUCAUUAUCAGCCAAUGAAUAUGUAUAUUGAAUGAUGAAUGGUUUAGAUUUAUCAGAUCUUAGCCAUUUAAUGUGAAGCCAUUUUAUUUGUUCCUUAGAAGUAUUUACUUUGGUAUUUUGCAUUACAAGUGACGCCAGUUGCUGUAAGUCAUAAAAAUCUGGAAAAGCAACUUUAAAGACCUGAUACGGACAUGGUUUUUUUCUUGCCAUUUCUAUUAACAACCCCCAUUCUUCGGUUGUGAAAAUUUUGCGAUGUUUACGUGCUCGUUCAAUAGUGGCGUGUAUUGAAUCUGCCUCUAGAUAGGAAUGGCCGGAUUCCAUGAACUUUAGAUCUACAAUUUGUAAGUGUUCAAUUUUAUUGACAGCAAACAACAUCGCUGCAGUAACAAAUUGAUUCCGAUUUUGCCCUCCGCAAGUAUCAGAAAAACUAGUAACAUGUGACACAGUCUGAGGUAAGUUGUACAAAUACUUUAAUAGGCACGUACCAAUUUCUAAAGGUCCUUUAGAGCCAUGAGUUUCCUCCCAAAGGAAACAGUGACCACUGUGAUCAAAAGAAUCAAAUAUGGUGAAAUUAAAAACAGAGAGCUUACGCUUGUAAUUGAUUUGAGAAUCAGCGGAAAAAGGGACUAACAAAAUAGCUUCUAAAUCAAAAGAAAUUGCUCGGUAGAUUGAUCUAGAUUGAUCUUCUAGUGAUCUUUUUUUAUCUGCAUCUUUCAUCUCCAUUGCUUUUUUCUCCUUCUUUUUGUGAAGUUGCCAGCUUUCUUCCAAAUUGGUUUUGUCUGUAGCGCUAUAAUACACAUUGCAUGUGGAACAUUGGUCCUUUUUAGGGACAUGGAACGACAGUUGUGGAUCAUAACUAUUAAAUAUUUUUCGGUAAACAUUAAUAGAAACAGGAGGGAUUGAUUCACUUGUACAAUAAAUUUCAACAUACAAACGGUACAUAACAGAUAAAUUCAAAUCAGCUGCCAAAUACAAUUUUUUCGUUUCGCUCCGACUGUAGUGACUCUUUUCGUCCAUCAGUACCAAUAUAAGCUCCACCUGGACCACGUUUUUUCAAAGCAAGAUCAAUAAUUUGGAAACUUAUGCUAAAAGUUGCACAAAAAAAUUUUAAGCAAACUCGCACAUUAGAGCCUUGUUCAUCAGGUAGUGAAUAUACGCGUGAUUUAGUUUUUGUGAUAUUGCUUUCUGGCUUUCGUUUCCUGUGACGUUGAAUGCUAUUUUCUGUGACCAACGAGCAGAAGCGUGCUUUUUGACGAUCGGCAUCAGCAAGUCCCCAAUACUCUUAAUGCAAAAUUUGCUGUCUCUCCAAAGAUAUCUUAUCAGAACAUUUGAAUCUCCACCUUGAGCAAUUGAUGUAGCUUGGCUUUUUUUCUGGCAUAACGAUAUUUUUUCUGGUUUGAUAGCUCUUACCAAACAUUCUUUUUAUUUUUCGCUCGUUUCUUUUCCAUGUAUCUGGUUCUGCUUGCCUUUUCCGUGUUUUUUUAACUUCAGGUACCAAAACUUCUCUGGAUGUUGUUGGUUGUGGAGGUAUUUCUAUAGGAUUUGUUUCACCAUCUUCAUCAUUGUCACUUGUUGUGUUUUCUUCCUCUUCUAGGACAUAUUCCUCAGAAGUAAAUGAACUUUCACUUGGUAUUUUAUUAGUGAGUAAGUCUAUCAUUCUCGGUUUCAAUUGUAUUCAUUGUAUACUCGAACAGAUUGAAUUCGUUGACCGAAUAGUCGAUGUUUUCUAUCAAGUUUUCUGGAACUCGUGGUUUUUCUGCAAAUUCUUCGCAAUGGACCACAGAAACACCACAGGGGGAUUCGUCUCAAUUGACUCUACCAAAUUUUCUAGCACUUGUAACGAUGCCGAUUGUUCUUCUGCAAUCUCUUCGCAUUGGACCACAGAAACACCACAGGAGGGAUUCGUCUCAGUUAACUCUUUAGCUGAAUCUGUAAGAAGUGCGUACAAUAAAAUUUGAUCAAAUUUUAUUAAGACUCCUAAUAAAUGAGGCUUUGUUCAAUGAGGUAAUUAUUAAAAUUAAGCACUAGUUAUUUACCUAACAAGUGCGGAAAGUGAUACUUUACCGCACACGGUAGCAGUUAACAGAACGAUGCAAAGCGAAGUUCGGUCAAGCCAUCAAGGGCGGUAAAGGCACUAUACUUUCUGUAUGUGUUAAGCACAAAAUUUUACCUCCGAGCAUUAAAAAAUGCAUUAUUGACUUUGACUUUUACUUUACCGCACACUAUGCGAUAAAGUAACUUUACUGCAUUGUGUGCAGUAAAGUGAUACUUUCCGUCUUGAAAACAGUGCUGUAAACUGCACUUUAUUGCACGCGAGUAGGUAAAAAUAUUAAAAAAGAAGAUUUAAAAUAAUCAACGAUAUGAGUGUGGUAAGUGGUAAUUCAAUGUAACAUACCAAAAGGAAUAAUCAAAAUAUCUGAUUGAGCAGAAUUUGGAUCAUGUGAAGAACUACAAUCCUCGCGAAAAUCGGUGGACUCCUCGCAGGUUUGUAAUGCAUUUUGCAGAUCUAAAAUUAAACCAGAAAAUAUAAUGUGUGCAUAUCCUAUAAUUUUUAAUUUUGCACCAACCCAGUAAUUUUUAAAUAAUAAUAUAAGGACCAAUAAAAUACAAUAGUAAUUAUUAGUUAAGCUGGAUUUAUACAGAUAAAUAACAUAAAAUAGCAAAUAAGAUAAAAAAUUAAAGAAAGGCCUUAUUUGACAGUUCCCAUUUAUACAGGUAACAAAAUAACAAAUAAGAAAAAAGGGUAACCAAUCACAUUAUCGAACACACAUCUCUCUCGUUCACUGGAUAUUAUGACCAAAACAGCCUGCGCAUUUGCAUUUUAUUCUAACCUUAUUCGUUAUUUUAUCUUAUUCCUCUGUAUAAAUCUUAUUCCUAAUAUUUUAUCUUAUUCCUCUGUUUCUUGAUGAUCUUUUUGCUUUCGUAUCAGGUCAACCAUCAUUUUACCACGUUUAAACAUUGUUGCAACAAUAAAAGUUCACUUUAACUCACAAUAAGCUGCUUCUUAUUUAACUAACAGAACACUGCGACGCCAAUAAACAUCAUUAUGAAAAUAAAAAUAUAGCAAGUCCAAACAAGUCGAAAACGGAGGGCUUAUGUCAAUAAUACUACAGCGCACAUUUAUGUUAUGUCCGGAUAUACAAUAUUUGAGCUCGUGUUAAUUGUUCUAAAAAAACACAAAUAUUGUAUGUCCGGACUUACUAUAUUUGUGCUUCGACCAGUUGUGCACUGCUUUAGAAUCCAUUAUAUACUAUAAGUGUGCUUAGACAGAACUUAUUAGUCUGUGGUUUUACAAUAUGAGUGAAGUGUUGAUCCCCACCUUACUCGUCAUUCUGGACAUACAAUAUUUGUACAGAAAUGGACAAAAAGUGGACAUACAAUAUUUGUGCUUUAAACCAUCGAUAUGGUUUAUCCGAAGUUUGAAAACGGAUUAAACUAAGGUGGUCCCCAUAUUUAAUCCAUUCCAGGGUAAAAUCAAUUUUGCUGUUUCACCCUAUAUAUAGGUAGUCCCUGUAUUUGGACUAUAUAGUCCAUAGUCUGCAAGAUUUAUGACUUUGCAGCUGAGCAAGGCUAUUUCCGGACUAAUAGUAUUACAAAUAGUCAAAAAUUUACUUAAAAAACACAGCACUGCCUAUAGAGCUAAAAAACUGCUGUUUAAACCGAGUUUUCGCUAAGUUUCAAUGUAGCACUGCCAGUUUUAUAAUGACGGAAAAAUAGAAACAACGCUUUAACACCAAUCUAUAUUAUUAACUAUAUCAUAGAGGCUGUACUUUUUUGAGGCAUAUUUAAGUAAUUAUGUGUACUUAUGUACAUGUGUAUUGUACAAACAUUGUAUAUGCCUUGUAACAUCAUGCUUUUUUAUAUAUUUUGAAAGAAAAAAUCAAAAUUCGUUUAAAACGUAGAAAAUCAAAAAAAAAGUAGCUAAAAGCAAUAAAGUCAUACGUUUAAUCAAUUCCCUUGGCUGGACACAUCAUAUAAAGUGUAAGCAUGCAAACUCCCUUUAUUUGAGGGGGGCAUUUCUAAGCAUUCACUAUAUACAUAUUUAAUUUAUAUAUUAUUUUCACAUUGUAGCAACAUAUCAUUCCUACUACUGUUUGUGUGAUUUUUAGAGACAUAUAUAAUAACGUUUUAGUUUUGUAUGGCUUGAAGAACAUACCCAGUAUUGUUUAUAUGUAAUUAAAAAGCUUUAACUUUUGUAGAUAAAGAGGUUAUAAUAAAAAAGGUGCUCAUUAAUUCAUGUAAUAAAUUUACGUUCAUAAAGCACGUAUUAACAUUACACAGUUUCCUUCAUUUUUGUCUUCGAUUCUUUGACAAUACAAACUGAAAGACUGCUGUUUUUGCUCUUGUUUGCUACUCGAAUAAGUCUUUCCUAUAAGUUGCUAUAAUAUUUUUUUAAUAAGAUAUAUCCUCAACUAAAAGCGGAACUAUUGAGUUAAAAGCUUUUUUAUAUUCCACACAAUCCAUGUUAAUUCAUGCUAUCAACAAGUUUUAUAAAGAAAAUCAUUAAAUAACAGGUGAUUCACAUAUAAAUAAUUUUAAUUGCAACAGCCUAUAUUUUAUUAAAUUUUUGGCCAUAAGGUUUAUAUCUUUUAAUAAAGAAGAUUUCAUGAAUUAUUUGCUAAACUUAUGUAACAGUAACUGUACCUAGGAGAGCGGAGGGGAAUUGGAGCCACUUAAUGCAUUAUUGUCAAUAGAAAUAUAAAAAAAGUUCUUUCAAACAUACCAGCAUUUAAAAGGAUUUUUUAACGUUACAUUUUAAUAACAGUUGUGGAAAAAAUAAAUUUAUUUCUUUUUAUAAAAAAACUUUUUAAAAAAGUUCGUUUGGCUUUCAUUUCCCACAACGAUUGGGUAAUGGCAGCCAGAUUUAUUAUUGUAGUUUUUAAGAUCUUUUUAAUAAGUAUUAAGCUAGUCCUCAUAAAAAAUGGACUUUAUUUGAAAAUGUAACGAACGUAACAUAAAUUCUUAAGCAAAAAUACCUACAUGCUAAAAUAUAACUACCGUCGUAAACAAAAAUCACAAAUAUAGCCCUCUGCAUCCUGUACGCCUGAACAUUCAGAGUGUGCCCAACUGCCACAAUUCGUACAACGGUACCACAGUUCAUUAUUUUUUCCAACGUCGUCACAAAUAAUGCAUCUAACAUGAGCGGCGCUGUCGCUAAGAUCAUCGCACUCACAAUCUCAUAUAAACUCACUUAUCUCUUCGUCUUUUGAAGAUGACGAUUCUUCAGCAACUUGUCUUUUGUUCGUGCCUUUUUUGUAAACGACUUUUCCUUUUGCAUAUUUAAUAUAUUUAUUAACUGGUUUUGACUCCGUUUUGGACACAUAUUUGCUAAUAACUGUUUUCUUCAAAGGUUCUUCAUCUUCUGAUGACCACAAUUCGUCUGCUCCUACUUGUCGUUUAGCACUUUCUAUUUUGCUGUUCUUUUUAGUUUUGUUUAUGUUCUCUGUUUUCAUGCCUUUACAUGUUCUUUUUUUUUUCAUCACGUUCUUGUUUCUUUCGCUUUUUUUCUUCAAAAAAUAUCUUCAUAGGUGUCUGGGUAAACAUUUCGGAAUGCUGUUUUCGUGUUUGUCUUAAGUUCUUGCUUUUAUUAUCGUCUUUUUGAGGCAAUGGGGAUAUUAUAGAAAGGAGAUCAGAGAUGGACGACGUAUUAAUGGACUGAUCAGAUUCCUCUUGCCAUGUGGAACAACCUAGUACGGGAUCGCAUGAUCGACUACUUUCAUCUUUUGUUGGUGUUUUAUGAAUCAGAGGAGACCGUGUCUGAUUUUGGGCAUUGUCUUUGCUGUUUGCUUCUGUUAUUUUAGAGCUACUUGCUGGUGAUCCCGUUGUCUUCUCAUUAGUAUCCACGCAAGCUGGUGGCACACAAUUAUAGACAAAAUCAGCAUCAGUAAAGAUAUCUGGCUGGUAUGGAAAAAUACCUGUGCAUCUGAACCCUGAUAUUCCCUUUUCCAAAGAAGCAACUUUGGAAUAAGCUUUGUUAAAAAGACUUGCAACAUCAUAUGGAGUGAUUUGUAUGAGGUUAUUUGACUUCAUGUAAUUGUCACAUUCUUUAUAGUAGGACUUCUUUAGUGGACCAUAAAAUGUUACAUCUAACGGCUGCAUCCGAUGUGAUGAAUGUGGUGGGAGGGACAGUAUCGUAAUGAAAUUUUCUUUGCAGUAAUUGUAACUUUCAAGCGUUGCAUGACUAGAAUGAUUAUCUAGAAUAAGUAAUACUAGUUCAUCACGAUUGGGCUUAACAAAUUUUACAAAAUGCCGAAGCCACAAUUCGACCAUUUCCUCAUUAGUCCAGCCGUUAAAAGUAACCUGAUAUUCCGCAUCUGGAGGCCCAUCCUUAGCAAGUAGUGGAGAAAAUCCUCUUCCGGGGAAUAUAAAAAAUUGGGGCACAAACGAUCCGGCAGCGCUUAUGCAACAAAUUACAGUAAUGUUUUUGCCACGCUCCCAACUAGUUGCCGAACCUAUCCUUUUUUGACCUUUUCUAGCCAAUAUAGUUCCAGGUUCUUGAACCGUCGUUAUUCCCGUUUCAUCCAUAUUAAAAAUAUUGGACUUCUUGAAAUUCUGUUUAGACGGAACCGUGUGAAGAUUGUCGAAAAAGCGAGUAACCUCGUCCUUGUUAAAACCCUUGAUGCGGUUUAAACUCGUGGCCUCAGGUUUACGAAUGCUGAUCGUGGAAUUCCGUCUUAAGAAUCCAUCUAGCCAGUCUUUUCCAGCUAACUGCUUCUGUUUAUUAAAGGGGUGAUUAAUUCUUAAAUUUUCGGCGCAUCUGUAAGCUAAGCGACAAAAUUGCCACCUAGUUAGCCCAUAAAACAUAUUUGCAAGGGUAACUAAAUGUUGUGCCAUUUCCGUUUCUUGCUGAAGGGUAAAGACCCCAUCUUUACCCUUUUACCAAGUUUUCCUGAACUUUGCAGUUGUUCUUUCUUCAAUUUUAGUUUAGAAGGAAGAACAGUUAAUGCUAAAGCAAAACAAACACGUUUCUUGAAUCUAAAUGUAUCUCUAAGUAAUACAACCAAAGGAGAAAGCAUAAUAACUCAUAAUUCAAAACUUACCUUCAAAUUCGGAAGACUGCCGAAAGUGAACUGAUUUAGAUGUAACUCAAAGUAGUUUGAAAGCAUCAAGGUUAAAUGUUUGCUGCGUUCCAAGAUUACAUUACGCACAUCAUGGCGUAAAUAACGAGGUGGCUCCCAUUACCCGCUGGCUCCUAUUCCCAUUAUGCAAAUCAUCCUGUAUAAAUAAUGAAACAUUUAUUUUAUUAAUUUAUCUAUUCCCAUAAAAAGACAAACUGCUCAUGGUUCACCAAAAAAAGCUUAAUAGAAUUUAUUAUAUGGCCUAAAAGUAAAUAGGUGUAUAUAGGCUCCGAUACUUACCAUCAGGCUAAUAGUAACCGACUGAAUUGUGAUUUUUAGUAUAGUUUUACCCAUUAUAUACAUGAUUUUUAUGUGAUGUUAUUGUACAUUUUAACAUGUAACUAGGAAAACAAAUAUAUAUGUAUAUUAUAUUAAUAUGAAGAUAUUGUAGCGAUUUUAAUAAUUUAUUAACAAGUCUAUUACGCUAUAGGAAUACUAGGUUUUUAAGAAACUAUUACGAAGUAGAAGGAAUGUAAGUAGUAGAGUAGGUUAUUCUGUGUAACAGCAGUGUUAAAUAAAUGGAUAAUCAAUAAAAAAAAUGAUAUUCAGAACCAGGUUUUUACUGUUUUAGAGUUAUUAGGUAUUUUGCAUAAAAUGCUUUUUUAUUUUAAAAUAAUAAAUUUCUUAUACUUACCUCUCUUGUACACAAUGCUUAUUUGGUAAUCAAUUAUAUACUAGUUUACAAAGGUUAGCAAAAUAAAUCCUUCUAUUUAACUAAUCA